ACAACUAACAACCAAUAAAAAACACCCAUCAAACACUUCAAAUAACUUCAAUUCCUCAAUAAUCUCAAUACCCAUCAUGUGUUCUUCUUCCCAUUUGCUCCUUCUCUUCACUUUUGCUUCUCUUUUGCUUUCUACUAUUGCUUUGGCCUCCAAUCACCACCACCGCCUAACAGACCAAGAGAGAGAUAGAAUUACACGGCUACCAGGACAACCUCCAAAUGUGAAUUUCUCUCAAUACUCUGGCUACAUCACUGUAGAUCCAUCAGCAGGCCGAGCUCUUUUUUACUGGUUGAUCGAAGUCCACAAGACAGUCAAGCCCAACUUGCAGCCUUUGGUUCUAUGGCUCAAUGGUGGACCUGGUUGCUCAUCUGUAGCUUAUGGGGCUUCUGAGGAAAUAGGACCAUUUCGGGUUCGGUCUGAUGGGAAGACCCUUCAUUUGAAUCCAUAUGCUUGGAAUAAAGUGGCAAAUUUGUUGUUUCUUGAUUCGCCGGCCGGCGUUGGAUUUUCCUAUUCGAAUACUUCAUCAGAUAUAUACGUAGUUGGUGACAAAAGGACAGCUAAAGAUGCAUACACAUUUCUGAUUAAUUGGCUUGAGAGGUUUCCUCAAUACAAGCACAGACCUUUCUACAUUGCUGGAGAAAGCUAUGCAGGACAUUACAUCCCUGAAUUAUCAGAAAUAAUUGUUUCGCGAAAUAAGGGUAUCAAGAAUCCUGUCAUUAAUUUUCAAGGUUUCUUGUUGGGAAAUCCACUUAUAGAUGAUUAUCAUGAUAACAUUGGGACCCAUGAGUAUUGGUGGAAUCAUGGUUUGAUAUCAGAUUCUACAUAUGAAGAUCUGAAGAAAUCAUGCACAAAUGACACAUUCUUGUUCCCUAAAAAUGAAUGUUACUUUGCUUUAGAACAAGCUUAUUCAGAGUUCGGAGAUAUCAAUCCUUACAGCAUUUUUAGCUCUCCUUGCCUUUAUACCUCUACUAACCUUUCCCAGCUGCCAUGGAAAUUCAGAGGGAACGAUGAGUGUGUGGUGAGGAACACAAGAAGAUAUAUGAAUCGUCCAGAGGUGCAAAAGGCUCUUCAUGCUAACGUUACUCAGAUACCUCAUCCUUGGGUCACCUGCAGUUCUGCAAUUAGAGGGAACUGGAGGGAUUCCCCAAAAUCCAUGUUGCCAAUCUUCAAAAAACUCAUAGCAGCUGGAAUUAGAAUAUGGGUAUUCAGCGGUGACAUAGAUGCGGUUUUGCCGUUGACUGCAACUCGAUACUCCAUCAAUGCUCUAAAUCUGCGGAUCAACAAAACCUGGUACCCUUGGUACUACGAUCAUCGUAAGGUUGGAGGAUGGAGCCAAGUGUACGAAGGAUUAACGUAUGUGACAGUGAGGGGGGCAGGGCAUGAGGUUCCUCUGUCUCAGCCGCGGCUAGCUUUUUUACUCUUUACACAGUUUCUGAAAAAUAAGCCCAUGCCUCCAUCUUUAUCUUAGAGGGCUCACUAGGUUUUUUCUGUUAAGACUCAUUUUUAAUUAAUUAAUUUUCUUUUUACUUUCUAUUCAAAAUCAUUAAUUUUUUUUUGUAUAAUUUAGCUAAAUAAUGAUUGGUGUAUAAUCCCUUCUUUAUUUAUGUAUUAUAAUUACAACUUUCAUUAUUGUAAUUUGUAAUCGAGUAUCAUGAUACUAAAAGUAGUUUAUUAUUU